AGAAGUUUUUAGUGCCUCAGCUUGAUGCAUUUUCGGACAAUAAUGACAUCAUGUAGGUCAUAUCGGACGAUAUUUUCCUUCGUAUUAGUUUGUUGUACCUGGGAAUAAAACAUGUCGGAGCCAUCUGGUGGAUCUGGUAACCGGCUGCGCGCUGAACCCCCAAAGACGAGAAGGUCGAGAACAGGGUCAGUGACUUCCGUAGGGACGGGAGAUGAACAAAAUACGAAUACGAAGGGAAAGCCAAAGGCCUCUCUACUGUCUAAGAAGUUGAAACGACGCGAGUUACGAGAGCAGAGUCUCCAAGACUAUGAACUCCUUUCGGAAUAUUGCCUUCUCUCUUCGAAUUUAGCCUCCGGAAAAGCUGGCGGGACGUCACCAUCUUCAUCAAACAACAGCUCCUCAUCAUCUAGUCCUAUUUACCUUCCACCUUCUGGUCUCUACGUGCUACCAGGAUGGCGAGACCUACGUGAAUGGCAUGGGACCUUGUUCGUUCGUGAUGGGAUCUACGCUGGCCUUUUGGCGAGGUUUCAGAUCUCUGUCCCAAAAGACUAUCCCAGACGAGGGAUGGAGGACGUGUUAGUGCGGUUUUUGACCGACUUCCCGCAUCCCUUGGUCGAUCCAUCGAGCGGAAUUUUGGCGGUAGAUUUGGCGCAGAAUCUAGAAGCGAUGGAGGACGUGGAAAAGGGAUUUGUGGAGCAUGAAGGUGUAGAAGAUAUGCAUCUUGUUGAUGAAGAAAGCGAAGAGCAAGAGGAAAAGAACCUAAAAAACCUUCAACGACAGAAGAGAGAUGCAACGUCCUCUAGUACGCCUCCGAUCGUACUAUCCGCAACAACAUUAGACGAUCCUAGUACUGAAGUAGUAGCUCCUCUAGCUGGUUCAACAUUAGCACGGGGUAUUUACAAAUUUGCACCGGAAAGCAACUAUGGAGACGACAAUACAACGCAAGACAAUACAACGCAAGAACAAGAAGAAGAAGACGAUGAUGACUUGGUGAGCAUGUUCGAUCAUCCUCAACGCAACUUGUUGCUCCUUUUACAGUUGAUCAAAGCUAUCUUUUUGAAGCGAUGCUUUCUCUUGCUGAGGAUAGGGACCAAUAGCGUCACCAGUGCCAGUGGAGGAGGCAAGGCUAGCUCAUCUUCAUCAUCUUUUUCAUCGAGACCAUCAAAGACACAUGCUCUCCAACUACUCCCACCAAAUCGUUCCUUUGCAGAGCUUCUAGCCUCACGCCCUGAAGAUGCCAAGCAUGAAAUCGACGAAGCCAUAGAGUCUAGCACGCACUCUACAUCACUCUAUGAUGUCCACGGGUCCACCAUUCUGUUCGUAGAACAUGCUGAACAAAAUGACGACACUUUCGUUAAUGAAGAUUUUAGUGUUGCUCGAGAUGAUGAUACGGGAGCAUCAAUAUCAAAAACACCUAAUUCUUCUAACAAAAACAAACCUAAUGAUAAAAUAGGCUUUCGUCCUGAAGAUCGUACUUCGAAAGAUGAUGAUCAUGAAAGAAUCCCUUUCUUCAAAGCCUUCCGCGAAGUGUGUGAUAUUCGGGAUCUACGCUUGAAGGAUAAGCAGCACAUGCUUGUAGAGUGGUUCCUAGCACAUGCUGGAGCCGGCGCAUGAUUGCCUGGAUUGUACAUUAAAUGCAUGGGAAAGAAGUACGGGCAC